AUGUCCUCCGGCUCAGACACCAGCUACCACACUGCCAAGACCUCCCAAGGCACCAGCUCGUCAGGAAGCAGCAAGUCACAUUCCUCCACUGGGACUACUUCCCCCAUCGCCGUUGGCGAGAGUGCUUCAGGUAUUGGCGCCACACCUUCCAUGAGCCGCAGCUCUAGCGCUCAGCAUCCUGCUUCGGCAAGCACCUCCACUGGCACAACGGCUUCUGGAGGAAACAACAGCAGCAGUGGUUCAACGCAGUACAGCGCUGGCGUAGGAGCAAACUCGUCCUCGGGCGGCUCAGCCGGGUACACCAACUGGGACCAUGCUCAAGGCGGCGACAACAGCAGUGAUGGGAGUAGCAGUAGUGCCGGUGAAAGACCUACUUCUCAUUCGCAGCCACGACCUUUCCGCUUCGGAAAAUGA